AUGGACGAGAAGAAGAAAAAUCUGACUACAUGUUACCCAAUCAUACAUAAUUCUGCGAAAAUAUUCAUGGCUUUAACCGAUAUAAAAUACGAUCAGAGAGAACAAGAAUACGACAUAAUUCCCUCGGAAUACAUCAAACAGAUGUUGAUGUGUGCUCAAGAGAGGAUCGAUUAUUUACUAAAACCAGGUCGCAGUAUAAACAUACGGUCUUUAUACGACAACUGCGAAAGCCAAUGCUUCAAGGCUACACCCAGCAUUGUUCUCUUCCAACAAUUCGUUCCUGGCAAUAUAUACAAUAUGAUGCUCACAAUUCGAAACGUGACAAAAAUGUCGCGACACCUAAAAAUCUCGCUCAACUCCGAUCCCUUCUUUUCCGUGGAAUAUCAUGGGUCGAAUUAUAGCAGUCUGAUAGCGCCAGGACUCGUUCACGUUUAUAAUGUCAGAUUCAACCCGGUAGAAAAACGAGACUACGAAUAUCGCAUCGAGUUUGUCAAUGAUUGCGAAAUCUUUGCAGUGCCGGUAAUCGCUAUCGGUCCGAGACCUAUUCUAGAUAUUCCCGAUCGGAUCGAAAUACCAGCCACCGCGGUGAAAAUUCCCUCGUCGAAAACUAUUUUAGUACGCAACGUAGGAAAUAUGCCGGCAAUCUUCAAUUUUAACUCAGAUAAUCCAAGUUUCUUCGUCGAACCAUCACAAGGCAUAUUAGAGGAAGAAGAAACGAUGCAACUUACUGCAAACUUUUUAUCUGAGAAAUCUGGCGAAUUUAAAGCAAAUCUUUUACUUGAGUAUGAAUCAGGGGAGAAACUUUGCUUAACAUUACAAAGCUUAGCAAUAAACUGCACGAUUCGAAUUGAUAGAGGUAGUGUCAGAAUGGAAGACACUUAUAUAGGUUUGUCUAGAAGUAAACUCUUGACGAUUCACAAUAGAAGUGACUAUAUCGUGAAAUUCCAAUGGAUGCGUUUUAAAGACAAGAAUGCCGAUAUACAACGAAAGGAAGAAUACAAAACGUUAUUUCAACUGGUGCAAAAUAUGGAGAUGGUGCGUUGUGUCAGUCUCAUUCAUUACAAUAUUUGUCUGCCAGAUAUUCAUGAGCUUAUCUGCCAGCGGAUUUACGCGGACGAGAUCGCUUCCUUGAUGAAGGAGAAUUUCUAUUAUAAUCAUAUGUCUUUUCUUCUUAUGCCUGAGCAAGGCGAAAUUUGGCCUCAAUCUACCGCAGAUAUUACAGUGUUUUUUCGAGCCAUGGAAGUAGGCGAGAUAUCGAGCGUUGCUUAUCUUGAAGUAACAGGUCGCGAGGACAGAAUAGCCCUGAGUCUCCAUGGAAUAGGCAAGGGACCAGUUUUCCAUCUCAAUGUGAUCACUAUCGAUGUUCAGAAUAUUUUCCUGUGUUCCGUGCACAAUUACGAGAUUGUAGCGGCAAAUAAAGGGCACAUUUGUGGUACGUUAAUUUAUAAAGCAAAACCGACAGAUUUUGGUGGCACAAUUAAAAUUACUCCGUGUGCUCUAAUAUUAAAACCAGACGAGUAUAAAUCAUUUAAUUUAUCAUUUUCUUCAAAUCGAAAAGGAGACUUUGUAGAACGAAUCGACUUUGUCGUUAAAGAGAGUUUGGAAAUAUUAUCUUUGCAUAUCAAAGGAUGCAUUAUAUGUCCAACAUUACAUUUUGACAAGAGUAGUAUUGAUUUCGGCGCAACUGCCUUAGGGUUUAGCAAAAAACAAGAAGUAAAACUUCGUAAUUUAUCCUUGGUUCCGGUUUCGUUUAGCGUAACAAUAAUGGAAACUGGAGAUCAGACACCUCUGACUUACGAAGAGUUUGCCGUAUCUGAAGUGAAACCUAGUUUUCCAACUAAUCCUCGCGAGUUUACAAUAACUCCACAAAAAGGAAUAGUGCAGGCUCACAGUUCGCUUAAACUAAAAGUGACAUAUACAGCGAAUAUAGUUCGAAGUGGAUGUAUAAAUAUUCGAGUCGACAUGUGGGAUUCGGAUUCGGAUCCAGUAAUACUACCGAUCUUGUUUCAUGGUGCUAUUCCCUCUCUAUCGAUUAAACCCACGGAAAUAUCUAUUAGAUUUUCUUUCAUCAACUUCCCUUACGCUCGUUCUAUUAACGUAGAGAAUAACUCUGACUUGGAUGGAUAUUUCUGUUUAAUACCGCAGGCGAUAUCCGAAAAUAUACCUAUAGUAUAUUCACUGUCGUUCUAUCAAGGUUUUUUGAAAGCACGACAAUCGAAAACAAUUGAUACUACUAUCAUCACCAAAGUUCUGGGCAAACAAACAACUACAUUAAAUAUGUUGACAAUGGGCGAAGAGGCUCCAGUUACAUCUUGCACAAUUAUAUGUAGUGGUCAGGGACCAGUAGUAUCCAUACAACCUACUUCUCUCAAUUUUGGGGAGAUACAAGUGCUUCAACAUAAAAUCAUGAAUUUUUGCAUAAUUAACGACUCGCCAAUACCAGCGCAAUUCAAAUUAACAUCACGUAAAAAAAAACCACUAUGGCUUGCCGAGCCAACCUCUGGCGAAAUUGAACCGAACAGAUCUACAGAGAUUGAAGUUAAAAUAUUUUUAAGUGACAUUGGUAAAUACAUUGAUAAUAUAAUCGUGCAUAUCAUGAAUAGUCGCUCGAUUUCCGUUAGUGUGAUUGCGACUGGAAUCGGUUGUAGUGUCGUUUUUGAGCCGCAGAUAUUUCCAAUAUUUGACAUGGGUUUUCUUUUUAGUCAUCAAAACCAGAGUCUGCCAAUAACGAUGAAAAAUUUUGGCACCCGUCAUUGUCAAAUAAUAUGGUCAAAUACUCCAGAAGUGCGCAUUCAAAGAAACCACGAAUGGUCAAAUAAAAAGUUUCAAAUUGAACCACUCACCCUAGAAAUUCCAGCGAGUGGUUCUAAUGUAGUCCAAUGCAAAAUAUGCUGGGACAUCAAUGAGAUUUUGACAGAAGAUUGGUACGUAUUCUGUCAGAUUUCUGGACAAGGAAAGCGAGAAUUAAUUGGAAUUUCGGUAUUUAAAGCCACUUUUACGGAACCACGAAUCGCAUUCAACAAAAGAGAAUUAACAUUUUACAUUAAUAUAUGUCCCGAGGAAGAAGAAUUGCAACAGACAGACGAACUAAUCGUUACAAAUCAAUCGCAAUUAAAUUUAAACGUUCUAUUAUAUGUUGAAGCUCCAUUUUAUUUAAUCGAUAAAAAAAAAUUUGUACAAAAAAGAAAAAUUAUUCUAAUGGAUGGAAGCAUCACGUCAAUUCCGGUAAAGUUUUCACCAAAUAUAAAUUACGACAAUCCUUAUUCGCGCAAUUAUAGCAGUACACUUUGGUUCGAAUAUGACGAACAUCCUAAUAAGGACAAAAUUAAAUGUAAAGGUGCUGUAAAUUUCCCAAAUAUUAAGUUUCUUCAUAAAGAUUUGAUUAUCAAUUGCAUUUUGGGUACACGAGCUGAAGAAAAAUUGAGAAUAGUUAAUAAUGGACCAGUCCCUAUAGUGUAUAAGUUUCUAUGGGCUGGAGAAAGCAUUGAAAUUCAACGAAAGAUACUUGAUAUCGUCCCGCACGAAAGCACUCUUGUUCCAUACUCUUCGCGAUAUGUGCGCUUUAUCUUUCGCGGCAGUCAGCCUAUGCAGGUCAAAGUUGUUGCGCUUUGUGAUGUUCUUCGGGGUCCUACCGAAAUAGUUAAAGUGUUUGCCAAUGCAGAUAUCGUUAAAUAUGCUGUUGAUAAACAGAUCAUCGACUUCGGUCAACAGUUAUUUGGUGAACUGUGUCGAUCGAGUUUCACUUUGGAAAAUCAGAGCUUAAUAUUCCUGGAUUAUGAGAUAAAUAAGAAGAAUUUAAUAUCCAUCGGAGAAAAGAUCGACCAUACAAUCGACACAUUAACAAUCAAGCCGAAUAAAGGAUCUAUAGAUUCUCUGUCGUCAAUAAAUAUUGCGAUAGAAUUUCAACCGAUGCUACUUGGUGCUUUCAAUAUAGAAUUUGAAUUGCAAGUGGCUCAUCUGGAUCCAUUGAUAAUUACUGCGAAAGGUGUUACAAGUUAUCCACAAAUUUAUCUCUGCACGUCACGUGAAGUUUUUAAACGACACUCUGUAAAAUUUGGAUAUUGGGCGAUUCAAUUACUAACUCCGGAUUAUAUUGAAAUGAAAAAACAAGAAAUAAAAACGCAAUGUAAUGAUACGAAUAAAGAUAAAUCAAAAAAUCAAGUGCCUGAAUGGGAUGAGAGAAUCUUAUUAAAUGACAGAUGGGACUUGAUUUCAUAUGAUGAAAUAUUUCCUAGUAUUAUUGACAUCGAGAUGGCAAUUGAUAGAUUUUUGGCAACUCAAUUUAUUAAAGAGAAUACUUCCUCUUUGAUAACACAUUUUACUUCGCGUAAGAAGGCUGUUAUUCCUUUUCUUUAUACCCCUGAAUAUAUCAUAGACAUGGGUUAUGUUGCGAUCGAUCUUCAAACGUGUUACUCAAUAACGAUUAUUAAUUAUGGGCCUUGGAAUGUAGAAGUUAGAAUAAAAAAAUUAGAAAAGAAGCAACUUGAAUAUUCUGGCAUUCUUGUGCAAUUUGAGAAGACUAUGUUAAUAGUUGGAAAAACUACAUCUUUAACUAUUACAUGGCAGCCAACUUCGAUAUCUCGUGGUUCUACAAUUUCUGUAAUUAUAAAAGGCAUCAUUACGUAUCCAUUUGUGAAUGUCGACACAAAAUUAUUAGAUUUUCAAAAUGUUAUUGUGGGAGAAUGUUUGAUGAUGAACAUUUUACUAAAAAACGAUGGUUUCGUCGAUUGCUGCUGGGAAGCAAAAAUAUUGACCACUCGUAAGAAACAAGAAGAGUGUCCUUUUCAGCUCAAUCAUAAAUCUAAUUUUCUUUCAUCUGGUUGUUCAGAAAUCAUCAAUGUUUAUUUUAAACCACGUAAAACGUGUCGCGUAGAGGCGAGUCUAAAAAUCUAUGUCAAAAUGGGAUUAGAAACGCAAACAGUAACAUUACUUGGCCGCGGAGUCGAGCAUAAAUUACGAAUAAGCGACCUCGAUAUUAAUUUUCCACCCACAAUACUUUUUACUAAAGUGCAGGAAAAAAUAUUUACGAUCGAAAAUGCUUGCGAUUAUCCCGUAGAAUUUUUCUGGCAUCAUCUCGAUAGUCUUUUUCUAGAAGAGGAACGACUUGCCGAGGCAUUAACUCGUUACUACGGAGUUGAAGAAAUCUUAUUACCACCUCGAAAACUCGGAGAGAGAAUACCAUUGCUUUUAAUGGAAUUUUAUAAUAAUCUCAUGAGUGAGAUGUCGUACGCUUUGUCAACGGAAGCAAUUGAAGAAAAAAGUAUCACCGCGUCGAAUGACAAUGAUGAACUGUCAGAACAUAUGACUAAAACACAAGUAACAAAAAAGUCAUCUAAUAUAUUAAAAUUAUCUGAUCAGUCCUCUCGGCAAAAAUCAAAGUCAGAUCUACAAAAAGAAUCUAACAUCGAUAAAGAGAAAAAAUCUAUCAAUCAUUCAUCUACUUCUAUAGAUAACAUAAAAAAAGAUUGUCCACCUAUGUCAGUUCUCAGUGAACAAGAUUUUCCUCGCGAACCACUCAUAUUGCCAACAAUCGAUCCCGAAGAACUUCAAAAUCUACUUCUCUGUUACAUAGAAACUUUACGUAAAGAUCCCAGUUUCUAUAAAAGAAUAAAAAAUCCCGUAAAAGAUUUAUUCGAUAGUCUAGAAACAAAGACAAUUCCAGAACUCGAAAUAAUGGAUCCUUCGCAACCGGUCAAGAAAAUUUGCAUUAUCUUUCACGGUGCACCGUUUACUGAAUAUCAAGAAACUGCUUGCAGAAGUGCUACAAUAUUGCAAGUACCGCUAUUAUGUAUAGACAGUGUCAUUAUCGAAGGGAUAGCACUCAGUAAUAGUUGGGCCUCUAUUAAACUACGACAGAUUAUUGAUGAAGCUCAUCAGAAAUAUUUAUUAGCACUCGAAACAGAACUUGCAAAGAUUCCAAGAGAAGAGGAUUUGAAAUAUUUGGAUCCUGUGAGUCUUUACGAAUGUAAGAUUCAAACUAUUUUGCUACUACAAAAAAUUCUUUCACAUAACGCGGCGACAGUUGAAUCAAAAAUAAACGAGAAAAAUCAGAAUAACACUUUUCUCGGAAUUGAAAUUGGCUUGCUUAUCGAAAUUCUUCGAGAAAGAUUAUCAUCAUCAGAUUUCAAGAGUGGUUUUGUACUGCAAACUUUAAACAAUAUCUUUUUCGAAAGUGAUGUUAUGACGCUAAUCGUAUUGCUGAAUAUAGUUGGACACAUAGAAUAUUUGUUGUUUGUAACUUUUCUGAAUUCAAUGGAUAAAUAUAUUCGAAAGAUAGAGGAAUUACAAGAAUUAAAAGCACAAAAAUUAGCUGACGAAAUUGCUAAGAAAAUUCAAGAAAUUGAUGAAAUGUCAUUAUCUGAAUAUGAACUACUUGCGGAAGAGGAGAAGGAAUUCUAUUUGGAAUCGACUUUACCAAAAAAGAAACAAGAAGCGCUACAAAGACAAAUGCAAUUUAUACAACGGAUGACGGAACUAAAAAAAAAAGAAACAUUAUCUCAACAAGUAUCUAAUAAUACACGCAUUAUUAAAAAUAAAAAAAUAAAAAAUGGAAAAACUAACAAUCAAGAGGAAAAGUCUCAAAUUUCUAAAACUCCCGUCAACGAAAAAGAAAUUUGGGAUCUCAAAGACUCAAAAAAUAAAGGCGAUUUUAACUCAAAAAAGCAAGAAGAAUUAGAGAAUAUUGCUAAUGCCAUGAAUGAUUACUAUAGUAGCCUUUGGGCCAUAGAAAACAUCAUCAAAAAUUGGGAUCCUUUUAAAAAAGAUCCACUGUUUACGGCGAAGAGCAAAAUAUUGAAACUUGAUAAGGCAAAAGAUAAGAAUUCUGAUAUCAAUAAAGAGACUUAUACAAAUGAACAUAUAAAAGAAUAUAUUCAUAUUUGGUAUGUAAAUGCUACAGAUCCAUGGGAUCAAGUGAUGUAUGACGUGAUAGUUAAUCAAAUGAACGAAAAUAGCCUGAUUAAGAAAGCUCUCUCUCUUGAAAUUGCACCGAAACCGGAUCUUGAGCCAAAAAAAUACUAUAUUCUUAAGCCACGAAACAUAAGAAAACGAGACAUUAAAGGAAAUGGAGUUUAUCGAAUCGUUUCGUUAUCCUCAAUAAUGACGUUUAACUCCAUAACGGCGAGCAAUUCUUCAUAUGUUAGCUUAAAUAAUAAACAAGAAAAUCAUGCAGAAAAUUCAAAACGUAAGAAGCGUAUUAUCGACAAUACUGAAGAACCAUCAUUGAUAUCAUUAAAUACAUCGAUAAUACAGAAUAAAGAUGCAUCUAAUACAAAUGCAGUCUUCGAAGCGGUGCUAAAAUCACGAUGGAUUUUGCAACCCAAUGAGAGUCAGAGAUUCAAGAUCCGAUAUCAACCCGAAGAAAUGGGAACUCAUCAACAAACGUACACGUUAUCUAUCAUCGAUGGCAAAGACAUCAGUUAUGAUAUUAAUAUUCAUGGCAUCGCCGAUAUUCCGCGACUAGAUAUGAAUCCUAACACUAUUUUUUCAAAGGUCCAAAAAACAAAAGUAAAUAAUAUAAUUGUCCCUACAUAUUUUUCUGACACUGGUACCUACGACUUUGGAUCCUUAUUAGUAUUUCGAAAGGAUAAGAGUGCCCAUCGUCGCGAAGGGGAAUUAAAGUUCUGCAAUAUAUCUCAAGUUGAUGCAAAAGUGUCUUUCUUUCUGCAAGAAAAUAAUCCAGAUAUUUUUAUUAUGGAACCAGAGGAACUUUAUAUUGAGACUGGACAAUGUGGAUUGUUAAAAAUAUCUGCAGGUGUUACAAAACUGGAUUCAUUUACUGAUAAGUUGCAUAUAUGUAUUGCCAAUAAUCCACAUAUUGAUAUAAUCGAGCUUCGAUGUAAUGGUUCAAAAUUGGACAUUGAACUUGACAGUAAAAAAUUGUCCUUUGGUCAAGUACUUUUGUAUAGAAGAAAUUUUCUUACUUGUUUUAUCCGGAAUAAAUCUCCAGUUGAAAUUUUCUGGCAUUUGAAUGCUGAUGAACCCUUAGAUCCUCAAAUAUCAUUUACACCGAUCAAAGGAGUUGUUAAACCCCAGAGUGAUCAAAAAAUUGAAUUUUAUUAUCACAUUGGAACGAUCGAAGGAAGUUUAACUUUCAACGCUUUCUUUCACGAAAAUGAUGUGGAAUCUAUUUUUGUGGAAACUCUCACUUUAUCUGGUGAAACGUACGAUGUUGCUAUCGACAUUAAUCAUGCAAAUCCGAUUGAUUUAAAAUGCGUAAAAGUUGGCAUUCCUACAAGUGCAAAUUUUACAAUAACUAAUCGGGGACAUUACGAAGUUAAAUAUGCCAUUCUUUUGGAAGAACAAAACAAAUUGGCUAAGAUUUCAUCGAGUUUGCCUUUAAAAUUAAAAGAAGGCAUUGAAAUUAAUCCUAUUGCCGGUUCUAUUGAACCUAAAAAGGAAGUUACAGUACAGAUAACUUUCCUACCGAAGAAUGAAAUUAUUCUAAAAGAAUGCCCAAUACUUCGAUGUCAUCUUCUCGAUAUGAAUAAAGAGACUGCAGUGAUUGCGGAAUUUCCUUUAAAAGUUUCCGUAGUUGCAUAUUAUAUUAGAUUUCGCAUUUCUCCUUAUCCUGAGAUAAAUUUUGGUUCACUCGGUAUAUGUACCAAAAAAACGAUGUAUCUUAAUGUGGAGAAUACUGGAGAAUAUUUGCUUCAUUAUUCUAUUGAAAUAGCACCUAUUAAACAUCCAUCUAUUCCCUAUAUGACAGAACUUAAGCUAGAAGAUGCUACAAAAGCUGAUCUUGACAAAACAUCGGAUAUGAAAACGCCGGAAUCUACAUUUAUGUUAAAAAUGGGUCCUUUUACUAUAAUGAAAACUGGAGGAAACAUUCAACCAGGAGAAAUCGAUACUAUAACAAUCGAAUGCCAUCCAGAAUGUGUAGGUUUUCUUGAAGAAAAAAUAAUAAUUCUAGUCCCCGAUAGCUCUCCCGAAGACAGAAAUAACAAAUUCAUACAAUUAUCCGUUAAUUGUUGCAUACCCAGCAUCGAUUUGCAGAAUCUUGACGAUAUGUUCCACGAAAAUCACAUUGUGGAUUGCAUUGAAGAUUUUAUUUGCUCGAAAGAGAUCGGUGCACACACCAUAUUCGUGCGUCAAGAGAAAUGCCUGUAUUUUCGUCACGUUAGCGUAUCACACACUCACACGGCAUAUGUCGUGCUUUACAACCGAAACACGAUACCUGCUGAUGUAGAACUGAUCUUACUCCCAGAAUCAUUUAUACCAAAAACUGUAAAAUCCGACAUUUUUGUGCUGACACCCAAGAAAGAACGCAUUCUGCCGAUGAGUCAUAAAAGAUUUGCAAUUUCGUUUAAUCCGACGUUUAUACAGACAUGCUAUGCAAGCUUCGAGAUUGCAGUUGAGCUUCCCCCGUACUUAAGGGAUGAAAAGUUUAUCAUAAAAUUAGUAGGACAAGCUUGCGUACCGCAAGUGACAAUUAUAGAACCACCGAACGGAAAGCGAGAACGAAUUGUUCUAAACUUUGGUCGUACGCUUGUGAAUGAUUCUAACGAAAAGAAAUUUACUUUUGAGAAUGUCGGUGUGAUUCCAGCUAAAGUUAUUGUCGAGAUUUAUGAGAAUUCAAAUUUUCUUUUUAUUCUCAGUACUUGUGACAGUACAAGAAACUACUUGUCAAGUAGUUGGGACUAUGGAGUCGAUAUGUCAAACGAUCGAUGCGUUGUAGUUCGUUUAAUGCCCAAAGAAAAGACUUCGUUCAAAGUAAAAUUUAUUCCACAAGAGAUCGGCAAGUAUGAAGGUCAAGUGCGACUAUUCAUCACCGAUAAUCCCUACGAGAAUCUGAUAAUCGAUUUAAAGGGCGAAGCAUACGUAGAAUCAAUUGUGUUAGAGGGGUUAGAGCUCACAAAUAUAAAAUUUGAUUCUACCAAUGAAAAACGCGAGCUUAAUAUUAAAUCGCGAAAAUCAUCAAAGACAAAUAGUUCAGUGGGAGCUUUGACACCGCGUACAUUCCCAGUGUCAUUGGCUUAUAAACUGGAUUAUGGAUAUUGCUUUGUCAAUAAGAUAUACAAGAAGAGCUUCAAAAUUGUUAAUAAAUCAAUAAAUCAGUACUCACGAUUUCAAUGGAACGCACAUCCUAAUGUUGUAUUUACUCCAUCCAUUGGUCAUCUCCAACCCAUGACUUGCAAGGAAAUCGUUGCGACAUUUCUUUCUUCGGAGCCAGUGAAUUAUAUCGACACGUGCAUCGAUUGCACGAUCUACGCGAUUGAUCUCGCCGAUCCUUCGAAAGAAUCGUCUUGGGACGAUCGAGAGACAGAAGUGCGAUGGAUAGCGAUAAAUUUUAACGAUAAUGAAGAAGGAAUAAACGCAGAAACAUUAGCUAGGAAAGUAGUCGAACCUGUUAAUGAGCCAAGCCAUGAAAUUAUACCUGGUACGACAAAAUGCAUUCAAGUAUUACUAAAUGCAAUUGUGGCAUUCUCCAAGUACUCUUGUCCCGUUAAGGAGAUCAAUUUUAAGGAUUCGUUAAUGUUUCAGACGCGCGAACACAUAUUUACUUUUUCGAAUACUGGCACCGUCGAUGUGGAGUAUACAUGGCAAAUAAAUAUGGACGAACAGUAUCCGAAGAGAUUGGUUGCCAAUUAUUCGCGAUCUACGCCAAGAUCACGAGGAAAUAUUCGAUCUAGAGUUAACUCAUCAAUAUAUACGUUUCACGAACGACGUCAGCGACAUAAUCCAAGUUACACGAUGACAGAAAUUGCCGAAAACGUAAAAUUAAAUCGUCCACAGGUUCUAUUGUCUCAAGAGAGUAUUAUUGAAGUGAAGCCAACUACUUGUCGAUCCAAUCUCUUCAGUAGCAGCGCCGGGUUGACAGAACGAAGUAGUGAUAGCUGGUUAGAGAGUGAUGAUUUGCCAUUUGGAAUUCAUCCUGAAAAGGGAAUUUUAUCACCGGGUGAAUCUAUGGAAUGUAUUUUGCGAUUUUCUCCCAAGGAUGUGUUCGAUUAUAAAGCUCAUCUUACAUGCAAAAUAGAGAAUCUCGAUCCAGAGCUGUCAGAAUUGAUUAUUUCCAUUGCGGGAAGAAGUUUGUUACCGUAUUGCCAUUUUGACAUACCGGAAAGCGACUAUCUAUCCGGCAAUAGACGUGACGCCAAACUGCCAGGACCAAUCGAUUAUCAAUCGAUCGAUGGAUCUCUUCCGCAAGAUACGAGAGUAAUUGAAAUGAACGUAGUCGGGAUCGGUGACACUCACGUAAAAAAAUUUCGGAUGAUAAAUCCAACAUCAGACGACUAUCACUUUAUCUGGAAAGAUCAAACUCAUCAUUUUGAAAACGAGAUAUCGAAUUUCUAUUGCGUAUUUCCGGAAGGAAUCGCUGAGCGAGGAAAGCAAGUCGAUUUUGUUUUUACAUUUCUUGCAGAGAAUAUUGGCACUUUUGAAUCCUUCUGGUUAUUUUCCAUCGAAAAAUACAACUUGGAAUAUCUCUUUCUGUUUGUCGCGAUUGUCAGAGAACCAUCUGUUUGUUGUCCGCUUGUCCAUCUGAAGAUGAAACCAACCGUAUUAGGCAUUAAUGUACGAGAACCGAUAAGCAUAAUCAACAACGAGGAAUUUCAGCUUUCCUUUCAGAUCGCACGAGACUCUUUGUAUUCUGAAGGACGUGUUCAGAGCUUGAAGAUAACGCCUAUGAAUGGUAUUUUAAAUCCAAAGGACGAACAAGUUUUUUGGAUCGAAUAUCAGCCUACAUUUGUGGGCGAAUUUCAAUUUUGUAUAAAAUGCAUUGUAAAAAAGUUGAAGACACCGUUGACUAUAUUUGUUACGACAAUGACAUAUGAUAUUAUUGUUUCGGUUACAUAUGUGGAUCAGAAUGGUCAAGUCGUGCGAUUAAAUCAAAAUGAAGAAAAUAUCAUUGACUGCGGAAAAAUAAUGUUAAAAAUGCCCUUUACUAUCACAUUUGAAAUAACAAACUCAAGCAAGAUGACACUUUAUUAUUCUUGGGACUUUGGCAUGACACCAGAAAUAAUUAGCAGAAAUAUGUAUACAAUUACGAUGCAACAAAAACAGAAUUGCGUUGUUAGUGAAUCGCGGUCUAAUUGUUGUCUCAUCAUUACGGCGUUACAAAAAACAAUAAUAAAAAAUCAUCCUAUUCUUUUAAAGAUUUCUAGAGGACCAACAUAUCGAUUAAUCUUGCGAGCAACUGCGAAUAAACCCAGUUUGGAAUUCAGUUUUAAUCAUUACGAUUUUGGACCGUGCUACAUACAAGAUAUCACUACAGCUGGAUAUCACGUCGAUUUACGUAUUACAAAUUUAGACGAUGUUCCAUAUAUAUUAGAGUGCAAAUUCGAAGAGAAACCACAUAUCUCUGUGAAUCUUGACGCUCUUUCAGAAGCAAUAACUUCUCGAUCGAGUAUCAUUAUUCCGAUAAAAUUUCGUCCUUUAGAACAGCUGCAUUAUCGCGACAAUUUACACUUUAUAAUUAAUUCUACGAUUGAGAAAAAGAUUAUUAUAACUGGCGAAGGAAUUACAUAUAAAAUUCGUUUAGUAAAUCCGCGCGACAAAUUAAUAGAUCUUGGCAAUUUAUCGAUCAACAAAGCAAUCAUCAGGAAAGUGCCAGUGAUCAAUGAUGGUCGUGCUCCGCUCGAGUUGAAGUUCAAUCUCAUAAAGAAUCUACCGGGAUAUGAACAAUUUUGCGAACGAAUUCAAGAGCAUCCAAGGAACACCUAUAAUGAAAAUUCCAAAAUGGAUCGAACUCGAGCAUCAAUUAGUGAAACAAAACGUUCAGAUACGUUUGACGUGAGUCUUCAGACUAUCGAUCCCAUUUUGUCCGAAGUUCUCGAGAUCGAACCGGCAGAAUCGAUCGUACUUCAAUCGGGAAAGAUUAUUAAUAUUAUCUUGAAAUAUAAAUCUAUGCAAAGAAUGCAUCCUUUUGUUGCUAAAGUGGCUUUCCAAACCAAUUCCACGAUUCAGACAUUAUUUAUUCUGCGCGGAAGUUGUAUAGGAGCCGAAUUUCGUCUAAGUAGAACUUGUGUUUGUUUCGGUGUAAUCGUUCAAGGUUGCCUCAGCGAAACCAAAGUAGUAUUAUUGAAUACAGGAGACAUUGGUGCUAGAUUCAAGUGGAAUACAUCGAAAUUACCACGAGAUUUUAGCAUCGUUCCUGCGACUGGCUAUUGCUCUCCCGGUAUGAACAUCAACUUCAUUGUCAGUUUCCGACCUACUCAGCAUAACAAUUUGAUCGAAGGCGAUACAUUGCUUGAAAUUGAGAAAUAUAAAGUUCUUGGCCUAAAAGUUACCGGAGGUUGCUGCAAACUACCUGAUCCAAUUGACACCUUAUUUUUUUCGUGUCACGUUCGUGAGAAACUAAUGAAAUCUAUAAAUGUUGAGAACGAUACUGCAAUUCCUUGGAAAUUAAAGCCAGAAGUUUUCGGUGAUUAUUUCUUUGUCAACGAGGUCUUACACGUUCCUUCAAAAAGUUUUGCUACUUGUACAAUUACCUACGCCCCUUUGAUUAUGAACAGCGAGAACAAUCCUCACAAAGGCACAUUGCUUUUGAAGCUACUGGAUGACAAAGCACCUUUAGUAUAUUCUCUUCAAGGGUUGAGUCUAGCUCCACAAGUUCUCCAAAAGAUUACACGUCAGUUCCCUGCAAAGACAAAGUAUACAGAAUUAUUACCUGUCUAUAACUGGAUGAGUAAGCGGCAACGAUUCGAAUGCAAGAUUGAAGAUUUAGAGAAUAAAGCUUUUGUCAAGGGUGUUAAAGUGUAUAGUUUGGUUGGUAACAGUAAAAUAGAUGUCCCAUCGAAUAGUCAGCGAGACUAUCGCGUAGAGUUUUACUCGUAUAAAGAAUCGGAAUGUAAUUUCAAGAUAACGUUCAUUAAUGAAGACGGUGAAUAUCAAUUUUAUGAGCUUCAGUACAAUGUUACAAAACCUGAAGAAAUCCAGUCGAUCAAAUUAAUUACUGCGGUGCGAACUUCGGCGUGCUACACUUUAAGACUCGAUAAUCCACUUAAAGAGCAACAUAUAAUGUACAUGGCAAAAUGUCAGCAUCCCUGUAUCACGAUCUACGAUGCACCAAAAUUUGUGGCACCUUUAUCCAGCGAAACCAUCUGUAUUGAAUAUCACCCUAUACAUCCCAGUGAGGAGUCUGCGAUAAACUUGGAUGUUUAUUGCGAAGAACUUGGGCUGUUUCCCUACGAAUUGCGAUUGCGAGCAAUGCCAGCACCUGCAGAAAAAACGAUGCGCAUCGACGCUAUGCUCGGUGCUUCUGUCACUUUUUCUUUGACCAUAAGAAAUUACGCCAAAGAAAAUGCAACAUUUGUAAUCAAGGUGAAUAAUGAUUGUUUUACAACUCCGAAAGACUUGAUUGAAGUGCCGGCGUUGAACAGUACCUCAUUCGAUGUGAUUUACGAACCUUACGACAUCGAUAAUGUCUCCGCUACUUUAUCUGCCACGUCCGAGAUCGCUGGGGAAUUUAUAUUUCCUCUCGUUGGUACAUAUUCACUACCAAAACCACAAGGACCGUAUAUAGUUACUCCUAACACAUCAAUUUUUAUACCAUUUAAGAAUAUAUUUAGGGAAACUAAAACUUUUGAACUUAUCUUGGACAAUCCUGAAACUUUUGCGACGACGACAUCGUUGGAAAAAAUUAAACAGAAACAGAUAAUCGAUAUCGUCGUUCGCCUGAAAGAUGUAUCAAAUGAAAAGAGGGAAUUAGAAAAGGACAGCUAUCCAAUAACUGGAAAACUCCUGGUAUAUUGUACAGAUCCUAAGAUUUCUCACAUCAACUGGACUUAUUAUUUAAAAGGUGUAUAUGAUUGAUACAAUUAAGAAAUAUAUCAAUACAUAAUAUAUAAUGAUAUUAUUAUAACUUU